GGAAGUACGCUGCUGUCGCUCCACAAGCCUGCUGCUGCGACUAGGACUUGUCAAUUUACGGUCAGCUUAGCGUGCACACACGACCGUGCAAGCCAGGCGACCCGUUGCUGACCCGAAAAUCCUGGCGCGUCUUGGGGUAUGAGCAUCAUGGCCCUGGCGCAUCAAGCCAGGAGGAUUGCUGCUCUGCACCGUCCCUCCUUCGCUGCGCGCGGCCGCCCACUUGUGCAUCCAUGUUUCAUCAAUACGCUUGAGUGUGCUGGCGUGCGGCGGGGUCUUGCCGUCGGAGGCGCGCUGUCAAGCCCCAGGGGCGACGGCAUUCCGGAUGACAGCAGCUCGCGGACGGGCAAGCCCAACGGAAACGACAACAUGCGCCGGAACCGCAGCCGACCAGCCUCUCCAAACCCGCGGGGGGGAGUGAGCCCGAGCGAGGCGCUCGCUAGCCGCAGCAUUGACAUGGACACCGUGCAAAGCUCGAGGUCUUACUCGGCGCGCCCCGGCGCGCAGCAGGACGGGCCAGACGGCCCCACCCCUCCGGGCUUCAGCUGGCCGUGGCUGGUGGCGCUCUGUACGCUGGGCAUUGUGAUCUGCUACGCGGACCGCUCCAACAUCUCAACGGCCGUGCUGCCCAUGGCGCAGCAGUUUGGCUGGGACAAGGCCUACCAGGGUGUGGUGCUGUCGGUGUUCUUCGGCGGCUACGCCACCACUCAGGUGCUGGGUGGCAAGCUGGCGGACCAGUUCGGCGGCAAGAUGGUGCUGGCGGCGGGCGUGGCGUUGUGGUCUGUCUUCACGUUCGCCACGCCGGCCGCCGCGGCUGCGGGCACGUUGCCGCUGCUGGUGGCCCGCGUCAUGCUGGGUGUUGGGGAGGGCGUGGCCUUCCCGUCCAUCCACUCCCUCAUCUCCCGCAACGUGCCUGCGGGCAACCGCACCACGGCCGUGGGCAUUGUGACCGCUGCCUCGUACGCCGGCACCGCGCUGGCGUUCGGCGUCAGCCCCUGGAUUAUCAGCAACUUCGGCUGGGAGAUGGUGUUCUACUCGUUCGCGGGCCUGGCGCUGCUGUGGCUGCCCUUCUGGCUCCCCGUCGUCACGCUGGACAAGUUCCGCUCCCAGCCCUCCUCGCCCAUCAGUAGCAUGGAGUCUGACAUCGAGGCCUCCGCCUCCACGGCUGUAGCUCCUACAGCCUCCACCGGCGCCACGAACGGCAGUAGCAGCACCAGCGUCGCCCCAGUCGACAGCUGGGCGCUGCUGAAGCGGCGGGAGGUGUGGGCCAUUUGCGGCGCGCAGUACGCCCAGAGCUGGGGCAUGUACGGGCUGUUGAACUGGCUGCCCACCUUCUUCUCCGAGUUCUACCAGGUUGAGUUGGCGGACCUGGGCUCCUACACCCUACUGCCGUACGUGUUCCAGGGCGUGCUGGGCGCCGCCACCGGCUUCCUGGCGGACUGGAUGCUGCGCAACGGCUGGCAGGUGGGCACGGUGCGCAAGGCGCUGCAGGUGGUGGGCAUGCUCGGACCCGCCGCCUGCCUGUGCCUGGCAGUGUCACCGCUGGUCGGCGCCUCCGCAUCCGUGGCCUCCAACCUAAUCACACUGGGGCUGGGCUUCUCCGCGCUCACGCUGGGCGGCGUGUCGGCUUCCCACCUGGACAUCGCGCCGCGCAACGCCGGGUUGGUGUUUGGCGCCGGCAACACCGCCGCCACGUUGGCGGGACUGGUGUCGGUGCCGGUGACGGGCUACCUGCUGCAGACCACGGGGUCUUGGCCUCUGGUGUUUGGCAUCACGGCGUUCCACUAUGUGGCGGGCGCGCUGCUGUGGGCGGCCUGGGCGGGCGACAAACAGCUGCCGGAGGACGGGGCGCCGGUGGCCAACACCACCGCCACGGCGGUGGGCAAGUGAGGAGCAAGAGGUGGCGAGUGCGGGCAGGCGCCUGUUUGUGAGUGGUUGAACGACGAGAGCGGGCUCCGUGCAACCGCGGCUGUCCGUUUUGCAGUCGCGGGUCUCUGUGCGCGGUGGACUUGAGAGUGAGAGCUUGUGGUCUGAGGGCCCGGCAAGGUUGGAGCCUGCAUGCACCCUGGUGCGAAGGAGCCGUAGCUAAUCAUGCCUUGUCGAUGAAGGCCCCGCCAUUGCAUAGCUGCCUUGUGCAGCUUCCUUUCAUUAUCUAUUUUCGCUUCGCUUGAACACGCCCAACGUUCGCGGCUCCUAGCGUGUGUGCGCUUGCCAGGAAGGUGCUUGGUGGGUAGGCCUCUGCAGCGGAGGCGGUGGGAGCAGUGAUUUGUUGUGCUUAUACGUGGCGUGUGCACUGCUUGGUCUUACAAGUGUGCGAGUCCGUUCGGGGGGAAGAAUCCUGGGUACACACGGGCAGAUGCGCGGGCCUGCAAGGCCGGCUGUGAAGGUCAUCGUGAGAGCCCCCUUGCACUUGCACUGCGUACGGCUGCGCAGCCGUCACUGCAUGGCGACGGCUGCUGUGUGCGUUUGCAAUGAGCGGAAGCUGAAGUUUGCGUGUGACACGAGCGCUGGUGCGGGGCUGGGGAGGAGAUUCACCAGGUAUGGGGGAAAGAAGCGGCGGGUUAGGGGUUGGCCCAGACGUGGCAUGCCGCAAUUAGGUAGAGAGUUACUAGCACUUGCGCAAGACGUAGUUUCAAGGCCGCCAGACGCAGGGGCGGGCCGUGGCAAUGGUUGGGGAUCCCGAAGGGCGUAGGAGGGUAGCGGGUGUUGUACUCAAAGCGGGCAAAAGAUAAGGUGCGGACCGCAGCCUGGAGGCUGAUCCAAGAUAGGAAAUGUACUGCGUGUGUGUGUGUGUAUGUGUGAGUUCGUCAUGUUCAAAUGGUGCUUUCAAGGAAUGUGUGUUGCAUGUUGUGGUCUCUCGUGCUGCUGUGCAAAAUUUACGUUGCCUCAUGGUGUGUAUCUUUAGUUCGGUUCGGCAUUGAUGACAGCAAGACAGAACAUACUAUACUAGUAGCGUCCAGCCAUUAGCAACAUACCGGUGUGAGGUCGAGGAGGAGGAGAAGGGUCACACAAGGCUUGGGUUGCGCCAUCCCUGCUCGCAGCGCCUGACGGUUGUGGCAGGUGCUUUCAGGUCACUGGUAUCGUGUACAUGCUAGGCGCAACGGAGGCGCUUGCUGAGGAGCUAGGGGUCUGGGAAGUGUGCGGAACGGCCAUACGCACACGUAAUUUGAAUAAACGCUGACGAAGAUGGUGGCAAGGUUGCAGGUGGAUGUGUGUUGCAUACACGCGGCUGAUAGUGCUGCGAAUCCGGCAGUUUUGGCACAACAGGGGACGCCCGGAUCGCACAUACAUGCCGCACGAGCUUCGGACACAUAUGCGGGCGAUUGACCUUUGCUGACAGGGACUCAAGUGGAAUGUGCGAGCGCAGAUGGCUAUCGCAAGUGAAGGGUAGGCGCCUAUGCUACGGCUUCCCGUGGUAUCCUUGGGGUUGUCGAUGUCGCUAGUACGAUACAUUCUGAGGUUGGGCCGACGUGGACGGCGCAGUGGGCGGAGCAGGCGUUGGUUUGAGCGAAAUGCAGGCGCGAGGCCGAAGGGCGGGUACGCAGCAGCCGCUUGCGCUGUGCGCAGACUGUUAUGUUAUUACUAGUAAGUGA